AUAUUUUUCUUCCAUUCAUCAACUAAUCCCUGUAUAUAUCCAAUUAUUAAAAAUCUUUGAAAUCCCGUUUGAUAUCCAUACUCUUUACCUUCAAGAUAUUGUUGUUUUGUAGCAUGACUCUGUCCCUCUUUAAAUCCCUCGUUAUAGUAUUGAUUCUCGAGAUUCAAUAUUUCUUCUGAAUCUAAACUUAUUAUGUGAUCUGUCAUAUCAUCGAUCUUUCUCCUCUUCCCAUCAUACAUUUGAUAUUAUCUCUGGUCUUAGAAAAGCAGCAUUAAGUUGGUAGAUGGCUGCCUGCCUGCCUGCCUAACUUUUCAUUUUUUUUGCACACAGAAAUUGUUUAGUGAGACAGGUUUGCAAUCAUAUGAAGUUGCUUACCUGAAUCAAUUGAUAAUGAGCAAAGAAUCUGAUGAUGAUAAUGAAGUUAUAGAAGAUGUAUUAGGAAAUAGUAAGAGAUUAAGACAGAAACAUAAAAAUGAUUUAAGAUUGAAUUAUGAUUCUGAUUCAUCCGAUGAUGAUUAUGCUUCAGAUAAUAAUAAUAAUGGUGAUGGUGGUGAUGAUGAAGGUAAGGGUGCGAACAAUGCUGAAGAUGAUGAUGAUGAUGAUGAUAUGUUUGCGAGUGACAAAGAAGAGCCAGUCGAAAACAAUGUCAAAACCAAAGCGCGCGAAGUUCAGUUUCUUGAUGUCAAGGAGUUUGAAAAGACUGAGGGACUUGAAGACUACGAUGAUGAAAAAGAUGCAUUUAUUGAUGAUGAUAGAAAUGAAGAAGGUGAUGAAGAAGAUGAUGGUAACGAAGAUGAGGAAGAAGAAGAAACUAUCGAUAAUGCAGACUAUUAUAAUAAUGUAGAAGAUUUUGAUGAAACUAAGAGACAAUUGAAGAAGAAAGAUGUCAAGAUUGAAGCAUUCAAUCUAAGAGAAGAAGCUAAUGAAGGAAAGUUUGACUUGGAAGGCAAUUUCAUACCGAACCAAGAAGAUGAUGAGCAACAAGUAAUAGAGAAGGCUGAAGAAGAAUGGAUUAGCAGUUAUAAAAAGUCCGAUAUAAAUAAAGCUAAACGGGCACAAGAAGAAAGAAAGAAACGAGAAGAACAAGAACAAAUACGACGAGCCAUUGAUUCAACAUCUAUUGAAACUUUAUUAUUACAAUUGAUAGCUUUAUUAGAACCUUCCGAGACUCCAAUGGAAGCUCUUGCUAGGUUGGGCCCUAAAAAGAGCAGGCAUUCUAAAAAGGUUGCUAAUGAUGAUGAUGAUGAUGGUAGUCGUAAGGAAGCUGUAAUUAAGAUCACUGAUCUUUGUGAUAAGUUAAUCUACGAUAAGUAUUUACGAGAUGUAUAUGAAUUGAGUAGAGAAGAGCUCAUGAGGAAAUAUCAACAAGAAACAGGUGAGAGUUAUACAGACCACUUGAGAGGAGUCAAACGAGCAUAUGAGGAAGAAAUUCCUGACGAUACUGAAACCAUUGAUUAUGGUGAAAAGAUAUGGGAAUUCAAAUGGAUAGGAGAAGAAGAAAUCUUAGGUCCAUAUUCAAACUAUGAGAUGAAUCAUUGGAAGGAAACAUACUUUGAUAAUAAAGUUUUGGUACGAAAAGUUGGUAGUCAAGAUUUCGUUUCUGUUGAACAAAUACAUUUUGAAGAUAUAUAAAUUACAAUUACAAUUACAAUUACAAUU